AUGAGCAAUCGAAUCUACGUUUCUUCUAGCUUGAAAUCUCAACCACUUUCCAAAAAGGGGAUGGAGACUGCAACGUCUAAGUUGGACAAGUUGAGUUUUCAUCCUUCGAUCUCGCCAGAGGAACUUAUGGAUCCCACUUGGAUUCCCUCUGAUGCAACAGGUACAGACACGGAUUCAUCGACCGAGUCGCUGGAGUCGUUCGAGUCGUUCGGUUCCUUCGAGUGUGGAGAAAUCUUAGACUUCAAAAGAAUGCACCAGAAUGGAGUUGGCCUCUACCAUGAGGUAGUGAAUGCUCUUUCAUUUGACAACAGUCAAGAAAGUGCAAGCGUACAAAUGGUGAAUGUCCCGCGUAUUGCAGUUUGUGGAGAAGAUAUCCCACAUGUGAAGUUUGUGGAAAACGUUGAGGCGAAUUCCCGCAACCGUCCACCCUCCAGGUUUCGCAAAGUUCAACUCACCAAGGACAAGAUUUUACCAAAUGGAGACGAUAUUGACCGUCUUCACGAUCGUCUCAGCAAAAUGAGCUUGGGGUCAGCUAAGAACAAAUUUGGUGAUGACGACGUGGAGUAUUCAAGCCACUCCAAAUCAAAAGCUCAACCAAAUACAACUUCAGAAUCAACUUCCGAUGCUGGUGUUGAUAACCUCAGACACAGAAUUUCAGCCUGCAACACGAACUUCCAGAGUAGUUGCGUAUUCGUCGGCAAGAGCGACACGAAGGGCUUUCCUCUAGCUGCAAUCAUUCCAAAUGGCAAAUAUAUGCUUUUUAGCCAACCUGACGAGGGCACACGAGAAUUCGAGGAAUUAUCAAAGAAGGUGGACAUGGAGAUUUCGUCUUUGGAAAGGACGGUAACUUCGAGAGACACCGCUCUCCACAGAGAAAACUUUGCAGCUUACUUCUAUGAAAGAUUCAUCAUCCAGAGACUUAAACGUCAUGAUUCAAGUGAACUGCGGGAAAAAGUUUUUUACGACAAACUCCAGUGCUCUUUGUGGAAGACAAUGAACCGGCUGCGGCUCAAUGGAAAAUCCUUCAGUUUCUUGAUCGACAGCAAUUGCGUUUCAGACGAGACUUCAUUAAGCACAUUUGUCAACAGGUGUAACCGGAUCAUUCCCUUCUGCCAUUUUGAAGUCAUUCUGGUCGAUUCACAACUAAGGCAAUAUAACCCGAUCACCACCUUCUGGGAUUUGUUCGGGCGCAUAUAUGGAGAAUUAGAGGGAAAGACCAAAUACGAACGAGUGGAAGCAACGAAGAAGGUUCUCAACCCGAGAAUAAUUGAAAAGCUCGUUGAAGAACACGAGAGGCUGUUGUUCAGUUGA